UGACUAUGGGCUUAGCUGUGGGUUCGUAGCUCGGAAGAAUCUUGUGGAGUUUGAGUCGAAGCAGUCGGUGUCUCCACGACAUAUCCCUUGCAACCUGUUGCUGCUCCAACAACUUGUACUUCUAAAGCUUGUAUAGCUGCAAACUACUUUCAGCUUGCGACACACCAGGUUAUGGACUAUUAGAAACUUACUUAACACCCACAGCACAACAAGAAAGAUUCGACACCAAAACUGCAGAAAUGGGCAAACAGAACAGCAAGCUGCGCCCCGAGAUCAUGCAGGACCUGGUGGAGAACACCGACUUCACCGAGCAUGAGAUCACAGAGUGGUACAAGGGCUUCCUGAGGGACUGCCCCAGCGGCGCCCUCUCCAUGGAGGAGUUCAAGAAGAUCUACGGGAACUUCUUCCCUUACGGAGACGCCUCCAAAUUCGCCGAGCACGUCUUCCGUACAUUUGAUGCCAACAACGACGGCACGAUAGACUUCAGGGAGUUCAUCAUUGCCCUGAGUGUGACUUCCCGCGGUCGCCUGGACCAGAAGCUGAAGUGGGCCUUCAGCAUGUAUGACCUGGAUGGCAACGGCUACAUUAGCAAGGCAGAGAUGCUGGAGAUUGUACAGGCUAUCUACAAGAUGGUAUCCUCUGUGAUGAAGAUGCCAGAGGAUGAGUCCACACCAGAAAAGCGUACAGACAAGAUCUUUCGACAGAUGGACACAAAUCGCGAUGGCAAAUUGUCUCUGGAGGAGUUUGUAGAGGGAGCCAAGAGUGACCCGUCCAUCGUCCGACUGCUGCAGUGCGACCCGAGCAGUGCCGGACAGUAGAGACUUGCGUCUUCCAUUCUCUACGAUUUUCAUUCCGAUCAGAUCAUUUCAAAAUACCCUGUCAACACCAGAGCACUGAUGAGAACUUGAGCUAUGGAGAACGGAGUCGACAGUUGUGGCGAGAGGCACACGCAUGUACACACAAUCAUAGACGCAAAGCAUGUACUUGAUGUACACAAUUUAACACACACAGAGGGGGGAAAAAAGAACGUCCAGUCAUUCAACCACUGACUGGCAUGCGUGCUUGUCUCCAAUUGUCUGGUCAAAGCCCUGAUGGGCCUUAGGGCGCGCUACCAAACUAAGGACCGAAUUCCCAUCUAAGACUUACAAUACCAAAUCUCAAGUGCCCUCUUAAGAGCGAGAGCACAUGUCUGAGGUGUUUUAACAACCCCUUUGCUGACUAUCAUUCAAGUUCACAAAUGUUUUCUCUUUGAACAUCUUUUCAAUUUUGAAGCAUUUGUACUGAUCACAAGGAAUAAUGUUCAACCCUCCUGUAUUCCUGUGUUGUCUAAUACUUAGUCAAGGUAAGAUUCAUUGACGUUUCUGUAAGCGAUUUGAUGGAUCCCUUUGAUUGCAGUUACCCUGCGACUGUUAAACACUGGAUACACUGAUCUGAAUGAGCCUUUGAUGAUGGGAUGCUACUGUGAGAGAGGGGCUUGGGACCUAGAGUAGUAUUUCUGACACCCCCUAGAGGAGAGUAUAAUCACCACACAGGAGAAGGUCACAUGACUUCAAAAUGUAUUUUAAAGGGACAAUGUACCAAACUUAAGUUGUUGUAUUGAGAGUGAGUCUUUAGUACAGAUUACUCGUGUACAUACACACCUCCACCACACAUGCAUACAAGGUCAUACAUACAACCUGUCACGCACCCACACACCAUCUGUUAUCCUUUUUCUUCACCAUCAAUCAAGGAAGAGUAUAUGAGCAAAAUAUGUAGGCAAUAUAUAGAUGAUAUACUUUCCUUUACUUUGUGAUUAUGUUGGGGCAGUAAAAGAGAUUCACUUAAGGUUUUAAAUUUUAAAUCACUGUAAAUGCAAAACAUCUUUUCAUUUUUAUUUGCGAACAUCAUAUAAAAGUCGACAGUAUAUUCAUAUUUAUGCUAGAAGUGUAAAGAAAAAAAAAGAGAGGACCACACAUUUUGCUAUGCAUUUACCUUUGUCUAUAUUUGGCUAUCAUCAGACUGACCCAGUAACAGCUUUACUUUUUGCAAGAAGAAAAUAGAGAAUACUCCCCCUAUCAAAGCUGAGCACAAACAUAUUCAUUUCAUACACAUCGACUCUAAAUCUUUGGUGUACGGUAUGUGCAGUAACUGUAUGCUGUUGAUUGCUGAAAUUGUAUGGUAUACAUUUUGUAAAAAAAAAAUCAGGAGCCCUCAUCUUUAUUUAGUGGAUGUUAAGGAUGUGAUUAUUGGAAACUGUUUCAUGUCAACUGUCCAGUGAGUUUGCAUGCAUGUUCUAUAUUCAGAUGCAUUUGUACUUUUUCAAGUAAUCUAAAAUAUGGAUUGAAUUGGUGAAAUUGACCAAUGUAGAUUCUAUGGCAACAAAAAUCAAAAAGGUGGUUUUUCAGCAUGUAUGAAGGCAAUUUCUGCAAAGCAAAUUUCUGCAACCAAAAAGACUACUGGAAACCCCAAUAUUACUGAAGCACAACGCAAGACCCAGGGAUUUGCAGAAACACAUAGGCAGAUCCAGACCUUUUAUACACAGGGAUAUAUCGAUCCAGCCACAUCAGGUCUAUAAGAUUGUAAAUGGAAUGUGGGCUUAGAGCUCUAUCAGGAACUAUGUGCUGUUCUCCUUAAAGCUACUGUUCCACACCUACUGCACUGCCUAUUGCACACACCUGAAUGUUUAGGAUCACUGCUUGUUUUAUAAACAAGAAAAGGGUGUAAAGAGGUUUGUAAAAAGUGAAAAAGGUUUUUAACAUUUUUCAAAUAUAGCAGCAGGUAAAUGUCACUAUCUCAUACAAUAGCAUUUUGUGGUCAAGUGCCAAAUGUAUCCGCUAAAGAAAACAGUAUUGUACCGAUUUAUACAGUACAAUUCUUACCUGUCGGUUAAAAUCUGUAUCACAGUAUCAUUUUGUAGAUUUUGUAUUGUUACUUGCAUUGUGUCAGUGGAGCUUUAAAAGACAGGAGUCUGUUUUUGACUAUUAAAUAAAGAAAACAUUUAAAAAA